AUGUCUGGUGCUAACUACAGAGGCGACGGCCGCGACGACGAGCGGUCCAAUCUUCCUGACAAGUCCAAACUAUACAAACAGCUGCACAAGACUCACAGUACCAAAGCAACCAUGUCAAAACACCUGGGCACAGAUGUCUACCCUCACAAAAGCGCUUCCUUCAAUGACCACGGCAACGCUCAGAUAACCCGCUCCAACACUCGCGAUGAUGGUGACUAUAGAUGGCACGCCGAUCUUCCAAGGAGGAACGAAGUCUCCAGAGAGAAUCAUAAUAACUUCAACAAGGUCCUCCCAGACAAUCAUAUUCAGCCGCGCGACUUUGCAUAUGGGAAGUCAAAUGCUAAACAUUGGAAGUCUCCCGAGCUGGGCAGGGACCAUUCGGUCACAGUGUCGAGUGUGAGACAUACCAUUAGGAAGUAUCCCAUGGAGGAGCCUGGGCCUGGCUCUAGUCGAUAG